AGGGGAUUCACUCACAGCCUACCCACAGACACGCCAGUGAGUUCACAGUGGGGAGAGGCCAUUCACCUGCUCUGUGUGAGGGAGGGGAACUACUCAGUCAUCCAGCCUGAAGAUACAUCAGCAAGUUCACACCACAAUGAGAUGCUACACCUGUUCUGACAGCGGGAAGCAAUUCAUUCUGUCGUCGGUGCUAAAUAUACAUCUGAAAAUUCCCCAGUGAGAAGACAGUAACCUGUUUACAUGGUGGGAAGGCAUUCACACACUCAACCAUGCCACAGUGACACCAGCAAGUUCACACCGGGGAGAGGCCAAUCACCUGCUCUGUGUGCGAAAGGAUUCACUGAAUCAUCUCAACUGAAUGAACACCAGUGAGUUCACACUGAAAAGAUGUCGUUCACCUGCUUAGACUGUGGGAAGGGAUUCACUCGUUCAUCCACACUACAGAGACACCAGCGAGUUCACACCGGGGAGAGGCCAUUCACUUGCUCUGAAUGUGGGAAGGGAUUCAGUGACUCAUCCAAACUUGUGAGGCACUACCGAGUUCACACUGGGGAGAGGCCGUUCAUUUGCUCUGAAUGUGGAAAAGGAUUUGCUCGGUCAUCUCAACUGACUGAACAUCAGCGAGUUCACACUGGGGAGAAACCGUUCAGCUGCUUUCAAUGUGGCAAGGGGUUCACCCAGUCAUCUCAUCUGAAAGUACAUCAGCGAAUUCACACUGGGGAGAAACCGUUCAGCUGCACUGAAUGUGGGAAGGGAUUCACUGAUUCAUUCUCCCUUGUGAAGCACUGCCGAAUUCACACUGGGGAGAAGCCAUUCACGUGCUCUGAAUGUGGGAAGGGAUUCACUGACUCAUCCCACCUUGUGAAGCACUGCCGAAUUCACACUGGGGAGAAGCCAUUCACAUGCUCUGAAUGUGGGAAGGGAUUCACUCAGUCGUCUCAUCUGAAUGUACAUCAGCGAAUUCACACUGGGGAGAAGCCGUUCAGCUGCUCCAAAUGUAGGAAGGGAUUCGCUGAUUCAUACUCCCUUGUGAAGCACAUCCGAAUUCACACUGGGGAGAAGCCAUUCACAUGCUGUGAAUGUGGGAAGGGAUUCAUUGACUCAUCCCACCUUGUGAAGCACUGCCGAAUUCACACUGGGGAGAAGCCGUUCACGUGUCGUGAAUGUGGGAAAGGAUUCACUGCGUCAUCCAACCUGGUGAGGCACUGCCGAACUCACACUGGGGAGAAACCGUUCACCUGCUCAGAUUGUGGAAAGGGAUUCACUCGGUCAUCAGGCUUCAAAGUCCAUCAGCGCGUUCACACUGGGCGAUGCCAGUCACCUCUUCUGAUUGUGGGAAUGAAUUCGCUCAGACAUCUCAACUGACUGAACAUCAACUGCUCAGACUGUGGGAAGGCAUUCACACACUGAUCCACACUGCAGAGACAGAGGUGGGUUCACACUGUGGGGAGGGUGGUCACCUGCUCAGACUGUGGGAAGGCAUUCACACACUGAUCCACACUGCAGAGACAGUGGUGGGUUCACACUGUGGGGAGGGUGGUCACCUGCUCUGACUGGGAUGGGUUUCAAUCAGUCAUUCAUCCUUGUGUCACCGUAUCAAGCUUUGACCCAACGUGAAUCUGAGAGAUCAUAAGCUUCAGAGGACGUAAUUCACUCAGGUUCACCAAUGGAGUAUUAAAGGCAGUGGUUCAGGGCAGGUUAUUUUUGAGCUUUCAGCAGUGGCCACUCCACAGUCAGGAUGGAUUAUCAAGAAAACCUUUAUUAGCAGGAGCAAGUGGAGCGGUCACUGUUGGCGUGGACAGAGUUGGAGCGGAUACUUUGAGGCUUUAAUUCUUUGAGGUGUCAGUGGGGAGAGCAGUCAGUCAGAGAAGGCAAAAUCAUAAUGGAGGUAGAAUUUUUUUUGCCCCUUUACAUUUUCUUAGUUGAAACAGUGGAGAUGACAGGCGGGGUGGUGGAAAGCUGUUUUGUGGAAUGUGGGAAGGCAGGGGACCCUCCUGUGUCCCUGAUAACUACACCUGUGAGAAGGGCAUCCGGCUUCAGCUCCGAACAAUCCACAUUACGGAGUUGGAGCUGGAACUGGAUGAACUCCAGAUCAUUCCGGAGGCUGAAGGGGUGAUAGGUAGGACAUUUGAGAGGUAUUUGCACCCAAGGUGCACGGCACAGGAAACUGGUUGACAGUGAGGAAGGUGAAAGGGGAAACAGUGCAGUUUCCCCCUGUGUCCAUCCCUCUGAACAACACAGGUAUCUCUUUAGGUACAGUCGGGGAUGGUGGGAUGACGUGGCAAAGGAAAGUCACAGCAUUAGGGGCUCUGGCACUUAGCAUGGCUCUGAGACUGAGAAGGGAAGGGAGGAGAAGAGGUGAGCUGUGGUGAUACGUGGCUUGUUAGCUCAGGGAACUGACAGGAUGUUCUGUAGGUGAGAAUGAAAUUCCAGGAUGGUGUGUUCCCUCCUGCAUGCUGGCAUCUGGGUCAUCUCCGGUCGAGUGCUCAGCAUUCCUCAGGAGGGAGGACAGUGAAGGUCGUGGUCCAUGUGGGUAACAAUGAUAUGGGCUGGUAGAGUAACGAGGUUAAGUUAAGGGAGUUCAGGAAGUGAGGUGCUAAUUGAAAGGACAGCUCCUCCAGGCCUGUGAUCUCAGGACUGCUGUCCGUGUGAUGUGGCAGGGAUCAGAAGAUUAUACAGUUUAACACGUGGCUAAAGAGUUGGUGCAGGAGGGAGGGGAUAAGAUUUUUGGAUCAUUUGAGCUUGUGAGGAUUGUUGUGUACAGAGGAGUGUGAGUGUGUAGGUAGGGACAGCACAUCACUAACGGAAUGUGACUGGGCACACAGGUCUCUCUGUCUCUCUCACAAACACAUCAGUGGAGUGGGAGGGAGGGGAGUGAGAAGGGGAAGGGGAAUCAGGAGGAUGGAGUUCGGACUCCUUCACAAAGUCCCACACUCACCCAACCCUCCCCUCUGGAAUUGGUCCCAUUCCCUCCCCCAGGCAGGGGGUGAGCAUUGAGUUACCUUGCCAACAAGAAAAGGAAUUGUUCGAUAACUUCUG